UGAGUAAAUGGUUGCGUUGCUCUGAUUGAUUCGCCUCCUAACAACAAGAAUGUGCUGCUGUCCGUGGUGACGAUCCUCAAAGGAAACUUGGCCACGACACCUCGAGCGUCAUCAAGACACUGAUGCAAACACCUUCUCAUCUUCCAGGCGAGCAUCCCAAGAUCUCUUUGGAGAUAGAAAAGGACCUGUGGUGCAUGCGAACAUGUGCACAGCGGCUGAUAGAGCUCUUGUUGACUUCUCAUCCGCUGUCUCAUCUCCGCCAACACCGCAAGGCCUUGCUCCCCCCACCUCCCCACACCGCAACCGCACAACAACAACAAAAAAGAACGCACACCGAGACCAGAAAGAAGAAAUGGCUGACGAAACGAUUGAGGAAGACUGAGGAAAGUAAAACGAGAUGGAGUUUGCUUACCUAGUUAACAGGAUUGUCUAGGAAAAUUACGCGGUGCCGAGCUCGAUGCC